CUUUUUCCUAUUUGCUCUUAGGUGGUUGUGGUAGAUUGAUUCUGAAAUCCAUCCCGGAGAGCAGCAUGACGGAGGAGAUGUACGGAUGUAAGGAUUUAAUGUUGGAUUUAAUUAUAAGGCUUCCGCACUGUUUGUAUAAACUCUUAAAUGUAAUUAUCAAAUGAUUUUGAAUUGUUAAGUUUUAAAUUAAAUGUUUUAAUUUAUUGGAAAAUAUUGUAUGUGGUUACCAAAUUAGUAGCAACCCGGUUCGCUAACCUAUUUAUUCGGGUUAUGCGGGUUGGGGUGUUACACUUUUAGUCCAAAGAGAUCUAGGCGAGAAAGUAAACCAGAAACUGAGAAGCAACUUACCCACAAUGCUCCAGAUGUAAGAAAAAAUUCAGAUUCAGAACAGAAAAAGCAGAUUCACCUGAAAGAUGCUGGGCAUCUUGAAUCCCCCAGACAGGACAGCAAAACAGAAAGGGCUGGAAGUAGAGUAUCUGACCAAAAAGGGGAUGUUCACAUCGAAGGAACAAAACAUUCUUCUAGUCCAAGGAGAAAUAUGCAGGAUAGUAAACCAGAAACUGAGAGGCACCUUACCAAAAAUACUUCAGAUGUGAGAAAAAAGUCAGAUCAGGAGUUGAAAUCAACUCUUCAGAUGCAGGAUUCUGCUCAUCAUGAUGCCCCCUCUAGGCCAGAGUAUAAGACAGAAAAAAGUGCAAGAAAAAUGCCUGACCAGAAGAGGGAUGUUGACAUUGAAAGAAUGAAACGUUCAUUUAGCCCAAAGAGAUCCAGGCGGGAUAGUAAACCCAAAACUGAGAGGCACCAUACCAACAAUACAUUGGAUGCUCAAAAAAAUUCAGAUCUUAGGCAAAAAAAACCAGUCUGAGGCUCAAGAUGGGGUGCAUCUUGAAGCCCCUUCAAGACAGGACGGCAGGACAGAAAGAGUUGCUAGAAAAGUAUCUGACCAGAAAAGGGUUGCUCAUGCAGAAGGAAUGAAUUCUGAGCCACUAGAGUUAUCUCAGCAUCGAUCUGUUAAGCGUUCCUCGGAUCCAGCAGAAGCACCUCGCUCUCAAUCAUACUUUCAGCACGAUGAACGCGGUAAUGCCGGGCAAGCUGGUCGAAGUUCAAGGCGAAGAGAGCCAGAUGAACAUGCUCAGAGGAGAGAACCGAUGGAGCAGGUGAACAGGAAACGAACUAAUGACGGAUCGCUGGUGGAUCAGAAGAUCAAAGUUCAGGGGAAAGAGAGUGAUGUUUGGCGCCAUGAUGGGUACUUUGAAUUGGAAGCAAACCCAAAACCACCUGCAAAGAAAAGGUCAUUUAGAGAGCAAAAAAUAUCUGCUGAUACUGAGAAACCAGAAAUGGAGCCAGCCAAGCACAACUCCUAUUGUAAUGCAUCUCACAUCGUUGAAAGAAGAAGAGAGAGAAACAGCUCUUUUUUCCAUCGUCCUGACCAAGCAUUUGCCAGGGAAAGAGGGACAAACAGGGGCAGGGCGUGGCAAGACAGAUUUCCUUCAAGAAGAGAUAGGUACUAUGACAGGGGUAGUUUUAGCGGAAGAGACACAAUCAGCUCAAGACCUGAUUUUCACCCGAACAAUACUGUUGACAAAUGGAAAAAUGAUCUUUUCAGCGAAGCCAACAAGGCAACAAGAGCCCAGCUCCACGGAAUGAAGAAGAUCACCUUGCCAAAAUUGAAGCUCUCCUGGCUUCAUAACUCUCGCAUUUGGUAGUUGUUGCAGUUACCUUCCAAGAACCUGCACACCAUUUCCUCUCUAAAGUUUAAGUAUUUCAAGAUAUUAUUUUGUAGGCAAAGACAGCUAUUUCUUCAGCUUUAUUCACAAAUUGCCUGAGACUCUUCUUAUGAAUUACUGGUAGUAGCUAUUUAUCAGUGCCAAGUACUACUGUAUGCAUGUAUAUGUUCGUUUUUAUGAACAAAACAAUUUUUGCUGCUAAACAUGAGAGUCUCACUUACGACAGG